AGUGCACGCGCUCUCCGUCUCCGGUCGAGAGAGUCUGGAAACCAGCAGGAACAGAGGAAACAGAGACACUCGAGUCCAAUUACACCAACAACUCGCCUUCAGGAGACUAAUAUUCACGAGUUACCCACUGAAAAAGAGAAUAAACCGCGAAAAUGAUGAAUCAGAUCGAGCUUUCAGUGCCUUAUGAUAACGGAUAUGAAAUAGACGAGUACAUGAUGCAGGAGGAUGAAUGGGACCGGGAUUUACUGCUGGAUCCAGCAUGGGAAAAGCAACAAAGGAAGACGUUCACUGCCUGGUGUAACUCUCACCUGAGAAAAGCUGGGACGCAGAUCGAGAACAUAGAGGAGGACUUUAGAAAUGGCCUCAAACUAAUGCUGCUGCUUGAAGUCAUCUCAGGUGAGAGGUUACCCAAGCCUGACAGAGGGAAGAUGCGUUUUCACAAGAUAGCUAAUGUCAAUAAAGCCCUGGAUUUCAUCACCAGUAAAGGUGUGAAACUGGUCUCCAUUGGAGCUGAAGAAAUUGUGGAUGGUAAUGUGAAAAUGACUCUUGGAAUGAUCUGGACAAUCAUCCUUCGCUUCGCCAUUCAGGAUAUCUCUGUUGAAGAAACUUCGGCCAAAGAAGGACUUCUGCUGUGGUGUCAGAGAAAGACUGCCCCGUACCGAAAUGUCAAUGUUCAAAACUUCCAUGUCAGCUGGAAGGAUGGAUUGGCGCUGUGCGCUCUCAUCCACAGGCACAGGCCUGACCUCAUUGACUACGCCAAGCUCAACAAGGAUGAUCCACUGGGUAAUUUAAAUCUGGCAUUUGACAUUGCUGAAAAACAUCUGGACAUCCCCAAAAUGCUGGAUGCAGAGGACAUCCUGAGCACCCCUAAACCUGAUGAGAGGGCUAUUAUGACAUACGUGUCCUGCUUUUACCAUGCAUUUGCUGGAGCUGAGCAGGCUGAAACUGCUGCGAACAGGAUCUGUAAGGUGCUUGGAGUGAAUCAGGAAAAUGAGAAGUUGAUGGAGGAUUAUGAAAGGCUGGCUAGUGAGCUGUUGGAGUGGAUCAGACGUACCAUUCCUUGGCUGGAGAAUCGUGCAGCUGAGAAGACCAUGGUUGAGAUGCAGAGGAAGCUGGAAGAUUUUCGAGAUUACCGCAGGAUGCACAAACCACCCAAAGUGCAGGAGAAAUGUCAGCUGGAAAUCAGCUUCAACACGCUGCAGACCAAACUCCGCAUCAGCAACCGGCCUGCGUUUAUGCCCUCUGAGGGCAAAAUGGUGUCGGACAUAGCGAGUGCGUGGCAAGGGCUGGAACAAGCAGAGAAGGGCUAUGAGGAAUGGCUGCUGACUGAGAUCAGGAGGCUGGAAAGAGUGGAGCAUCUAGCUGAGAAAUUCAGACAGAAAGCUACUAACCAUGAGUCCUGGGCUACAGGUAAGGAAGAGAUGUUGACCCGGAAGGACUACGAGUCAGCGUCUCUAAUGGAAGUGCGAGCUUUGCUGCGGAAACACGAAGCGUUUGAGAGUGACCUUUCUGCACACCAGGACAGAGUUGAGCAGAUCGCUGCUAUUGCUCAGGAGCUCAAUGAGCUGGACUAUCAUGAUGUUGCAUCCGUGAAUCAAAGGUGUCAAAGUAUUUGUGACCUCUGGGACCAUCUGGGCACGCUCACCCAGAAACGCAGAGAGGCUUUGGAGAGGACAGAGAAACUUUUGGAGACGGUGGAUCAGUUGUUUCUGGAAUAUGCAAAGAGAUCUGCACCCUUUAAUAACUGGAUGGAAGGAGCUAUGGAAGACUUGCAGGACAUGUUCAUUGUGCACACAAUUGAGGAAGUCCAGACUCUGAUAGCUGCUCAUGAGCAGUUUAAGGCCACCCUUCCUGAGGCAGAUGCAGAGAGACAGGCGAUCCUUGGCAUUCAGCAGGAAGUCCUGAAGAUCUUCCAGAGUUAUGGCAUCCGUGGAGAUCUUACAAAUCCCUACAGCACUAUUACUGCAGAAGAAAUUGCCAUCAAAUGGGACAAGGUGAAGAAGCUGGUGCCCCAGCGUGACAGUGCACUGCAGGAGGAGUUAGCGAGACAGCAUGCUAACGAAAGACUCAGACGCCAGUUUGCUGCCCAAGCCAACCUCAUCGGACCCUGGAUACAGACUAGGAUGGAGGAAAUUGGUCAUUGUUCUAUGGCGAUGGGCGGAACUCUGGAGGAUCAGAUGACCCAACUGAAGCAGUAUGAGCAUGUGAUCGUCAGCUACAAAUCCAACAUAGACCGACUUGAGGGAGAUCACCAACUCAUUCAGGAGUCACUUAUCUUUGACAACAAACACACUAACUACACUAUGGAGCAUGUUCGCGUUGGCUGGGAGCUCCUAUUGACCACGAUUGCUCGCACAAUUAAUGAAAUCGAGACUCAAAUUUUGACCCGUGAUGCAAAAGGGAUCAGCCAGGAGCAGAUGCAUGAGUUCCGGUCCUCUUUCAACCAUUUUGAUCGGAAGAAGAACGGGGGCAUGGAUUCUGAUGACUUUAGGGCCUGUCUGAUCUCGAUGGGUUAUGAUCUGGGAGAGGUGGAGUUUGCUCGGAUCAUGAUGCUGGUGGAUCCAAAUGCUUCAGGCAAUGUGUCGUUCCAGUCCUUCAUUGAUUUCAUGACUAGAGAGACAGCAGACACAGACACAGCUGAACAGGUCAUUGCUUCCUUCAAGAUCCUCGCUGCAGACAAGCCGUAUAUUCUGUCAGAUGAGUUGAGGCGAGAGCUUCCUCCAGACCAGGCCGAGUACUGUAUCAGUCGAAUGCCUCCUUACUGUGGCCCCGGGGCCCUGCCUGGAGCCUUGGACUACACCGCCUUCUCCACCGCCCUAUAUGGAGAAAGUGACCUUUAACCCUGUCAACACGUCUGACCUUUAUAAUCCCAUCCCACUUGUUAACCAAGUAACCUUUUAACCUUUUAACACCAAGAUAUGAAAACAUAAUAAAGAGAACAAAGCCUAACUUUUAA